CUUGGAUAGCUGGCAUUGACUGUUUUACUGAUAUUUUACUUUUUUUACCUGGACAGGCAGGACUCGCUGUGUUUUCGCACGGGCACGUCGGUCUUCUCUCCACCGGCCGAAAAUUUCUGCUCCACUUUUUCCCCGCCAUUUGUUCCUCUCUCUAGGGCUUAAUCUCGGUUUCCCCCAAUUUCGAACUCAAUUAUUGUGAAAUCGUUGGAUUUGCUCGUUCGAUUCGUCUCUGGAUGUCGAAUUCCAGCGUCGGGAGCAGUGGCCACGGCGUGCCCAAGGGAAUAUGCCUAUCGAACACAAUUCAUUCCGAAGUUGCGCCUUGCUUGCCGCUGCCGUCGCUUCCGGUGUUCUGCGGGGCGCUGCAUCAGGAAAUUCAUCUAUUUGACGACUCCGCUGGCGGUGCGAGAUUGAAUUCUAGCCGUGGAGAUGUUUCUGGCAAGAUUGCGGAGCUCCUCCGCAAUGCAGAUGUGUCUUACUUGAAUCUAAAAGAUGAAGAAAAUAUUCAAACGGAUGACUCAGUAGGAAACUUUAACCUAUUCAAUGAUGUUCUGAGGCACGAUGCUGAAGCUUUUGACUACAUCAGUCCAGGUCCUGCUAAGGAGUCAAUGCAGAGUGGUAAGUUACAUGAGCUGAAGCCAGUUGAGCGAAGUGUGGCUUCUACAAAUAAAGUACUGGAUGACUCUGUAGGAACUAAAAAUUAUCAGCAAGACUACAAUGCUUCUAAUGAAGUUGCUAGUUCUUCUAGAAAACCUAAGGUGAAAAAGAAGGAGAAGGACGUGCCAGCUGCUUGUCCUGAUUUCCAUGAGCAUCAAGAUGCAGCUAUUGCAAGCUUUUCAGAAAUGUUGGAGGACAUAUGUGGCAGAGCAGAGGUUAUUUGUGAUGAUCGAGAAGAAGCAGAAUGGGUUCCGUUGACUCAUACUGAUCUUAAAGCACUUGUGAAUGAGAUUAUGUCGAUGCGAUCCAAGAAAUUACUUCACCUUGUUCCUGCGGAUAUUCUUUCAAGGACACUAAAGGUUUUAGAUCGCCAAAUUUAUCGAGCUGAAGGAUUGUCCAUAGAUGAUUGCGAUAAUUUGAAUGCUGAUGUGGUUUCAUCCAUUUAUUGCUCGCUGGAGUCAAUCCAUGCAGCUUUAGCUAUUUUGGCUCAUGAUGGUAUGCCAAAGCAGCUUUAUAAGGAGGAGGAUAUUGAAAGGAUUUUGGAGUUCUCAAGGCAUCAAAUCGUGGAUGUAACGUAUGCUUGUGAUCCAGCGUAUCGCGCGAUGCAUAAACCAAAUUAUGGUGGACCGCAUGAUGAUGAGGAAGAUGAAGAAGCUGGCGAUUUCGGAUCAGCUAGUAAGAAAAGGCGAACUUCAAAGACUGUUAAAGUUAAAAAGUCAACAACUAGAAUGUCAGCCACAGUGAAUGUUAUACUUCAGAAGCUGUGCACUAUUCUCAGUUUUAUCAAGCAAUUGUUGUCGCUAGAACGGCUAUCAGAUAGUUGUGUUCUCCAGCUUGUGAGAACUAGCUUACAAACUCUUCUGGUUGAAAACAUCCAGCUUUUGCAGCUCAAAGCAAUCAGUUUAAUUGGUGGGAUUUACUAUUCAUGCCCUCAGCAUCGCGCAUAUAUGAUGGAUGAAUCUCUUCAAAUUCUUUUGAAGCUACCACCCUCGAAAAAAGUUCCAAGAGCUUAUCAUCUUCCUGAUGAAGAACAAAGGCAGAUUCAAUUAGUGACGGCUCUCCUGAUUCAAAUGAUUCACUAUAGUGCAAAUCUUCCAGACGCUCUAAGGCAAACCUUUGUAAAUCCAUCUCCGGAAUUUUCAAUUGACGCUGAUUAUCCUUCCAAAUGCCAUGAGUCAGUUACAGAGUCCUGCUGCCUCUUUUGGAGUCGUAUUCUACAGAGAUAUACAAGUGUAAAAAAUCAUGAUGCUUCGGAAUUGAAGAUAGUAAUGGAGAAUCUUGUACUGGACUUGCUGACUACUUUGAAUUUGCCUGAGUAUCCUGCGUCAGCACCUAUGCUGGAGGUUCUCUGUGUGUUGUUACUUCAAAAUGCUGGGCUGAAAUCAAAAGAUAAUAAUGCUCGAACAAUGGCCAUUGAACUUCUUGGUACUAUCGCUGCAAGGUUGAAACAUGAUUCUGUCAUCUGCAGGGAGGAGACAUUUUGGAUUGUAAAGGAGUUGAUGAAUGAUGACAGUGCUGAUUCUAGUUCUCCAAGAGACACAUGUUCUCUUUGUUCUGAGUCAGUUUCCGAAAGGUCUACUUUUGCUUGUCAAAGUUGUGAUAGACAAUUUCAUGUUGAUUGUAUCGGUGGAAGAGAGCAUGAUACUCCUCACAACUUUGAUUGUCAACUUUGCUUAUGUGAGAAACAGCUUCUUGUUUGGAAAACAUAUUCUGUAUCCCAGAAUCAGGAUGACAAGAAAUCUAAUCACAAUCGUUUGGGGAAGUCUUCUCGAACUAGAAUCACAGUCUCAAAAGAAGAGAUUAUACAACAAAUGCUCCUAAAUUAUUUGCAGGAUACAGGGUCUGGAGAUGAACUACACCUCUUUAUACGAUGGUUUUAUCUUUGCCUUUGGCAUAAAGAUGACCCUGCCGCCGAACAGAAGUUCCCUUAUUUACUUGAGAGGUUGAAAUCCAGAGCAACUGUUCCUGAUUCUCAUGUGGACUCAUCUUUCAUGUCAAGGGAUUCCAUGAAAAGAAUUACUUUGGCAUUGGCACAGAAUAGUUCGUUUGCCAGAGGGUUUGACAAGAUUCUUCAAGUUCUACUGGCAAGUCUGCGGGAGAACUCGCCGGGGAUCCGUGCUAAGGCUUUGCGAGCGGUUAGCUUUAUAGUAGAAGCAGAUCCAGAGGUUUUGGGUGACAAGCAUGUCCAAGCAGCUGUUGAAGGGAGGUUCUGUGACUCUGCUAUAUCAGUUAGAGAAGCAGCGCUAGAGCUUGUUGGUCGUCAUAUUGCUUCUUAUCCUGAUGUUGGUCUAAAGUAUUUUGAGAAGGUAGCAGAGAGAACAAAAGAUACUGGAGUAAGUGUGCGGAAACGUGCCAUUAAGAUUAUUAGAGAUAUGUGCACUUCUAGUGCCGACUUUUCACAUUAUACAACUGCUUGUGUUGAGAUAAUUUCUCGUAUCAAUGAUGAAGAGUCAAGCCUACAGGAUCUGGUUUGUAGGACAUUUUAUGAGUUCUGGUUUGAGGAGUCUGGCACACAGGGCCAUCUCUUUAAAGAUGGUAGUUGUGUUCCAUUGGAAAUUGCUAAGAAGACGGAACAGGUUGUUGAGGUUUUGAGAAGAUUGCCAAAUCACCAACCUCUUGCAGUUGUCAUUAAACGAACCUUAGCCCUUGAUUUUUUACCACAAGCAGCUAAAGCUGCAGGGAUAAAUCCUGUAUUACUAGCUUCAGUUCGCAAGCGCUGUGAGCUGAUGUGCCAGUGUCUGCUGGAGAACAUAUUGCAGGUUACUGAAAGGAAUGUCGAUGAUGGAGAGGGGCAUAUGCUCCCAUACAUUCUGUUGUUGCAUGCCUUCUGUCUUGUGGAUCCUACAUUAUGCAUACCAGCUUCGGAUCCUUCACGCUUUGUAAUCACGCUGCAGCCAUAUCUUAAGAGUCAGUCUGACAAUAGAGCGGCUGCACAGCUUCUGGAGAGUAUAUUGUUUAUAAUUGAUUCUGUCUUGCCAUUACUGCGGAAGCUGCCUCAGAGUGUUGUAGAGGAACUUGAACAAGACCUUAAGCAAAUGACUGUCCGGCAUUCCUUUCUGACAGUUGUCCAUGCUGGCAUAAAGUGCUUAUGCUCUGCUGGUAAAGUAUCAGGAAAAGGUGCAAUUGUUGUUGAAUACCUUAUUCAGUUGUUUAACAAACGCCUGGAUGCAUUGGGAUUUGAUAACAAACAGCAAGUAGGUCGGUCUCUUUUUUGCCUGGGGUUGUUGAUACGCUAUGGUAGCUCUUUGCUGGAAGCCUAUGCCUCCAACCCAAGAAAUAUAGAUGUGGCAAGCAGCAUCAAUCUAUUUAAAAAAUAUCUCCAGGCUGAAGAUUUCAUGAUUAAAGCUAGAGCUUUACAGGCGCUAGGGUAUGUGUUAAUUGCUCGACCUGAAUGUAUGUUUCAAGAAGACAUUGUUACUACUUUAGAGACAACUCUCUCUGCCUCUACUGAUACUCGUCUUAAGAUGCAAUCACUGCAGAACAUAUAUGAAUAUCUCCUGGAUGCGGAAAGUAAGAUGGAUCCUGAUAAAGCUAGCACCAGUGAUGUUACUCCAUCAGAAAAUGGUGUUCACAGUGUGCCUGUUGCUGCUGGAGCUGGUGAUACCAACAUAUGCGGUGGGAUAGUUCAAAUAUACUGGGAGAGCAUUUUAGGGAGAUGUCUCGAUGUGAAUGAGCAUGUGAGGCAAGCUGCUCUGAAGAUUGUGGAAAUUGUUUUGCGUCAAGGGCUUGUACAUCCUAUUACUUGUGUUCCCUAUCUCAUUGCACUCGAAACAGAUCCGCAGGAGGCUAAUUCAAAGAUGGCUCAUCGACUUCUGAUGAAUAUGAAUGAGAAGUAUCCAGCUUUUUGCGAAAGUCGUCUUGGAGAUGGCCUGCAGCUGUCAUUUAUUUUCAUUCAUACCAUGAAUGGAGGUGUUUCUGAAAUUUCAACACUUAAGGCCCAAGCUAGAUUAUUUAACAAUAUGAAGGGAAAACCAGAAGUUGGUUCUUCCAUGCAUGCAAGACAUGGGGUUGCUCGAAUUUAUAAGUUAAUUCGUGGAAAUCGUAUAUCAAGAAACAGAUUUAUGUCCUCUGUCGUUAACAAAUUUGAAAAUCCUACCUGGAGUGAUUCAGUAGUAGCUUUUCUGAUAUAUUGCACAGAGAUUCUUGCUUUGCUCCCUUUCUCUUUACCUGAUGAGCCUCUUUAUUUGAUCUAUGCUAUAAAUCGCGUUGUACAAGUAAGAGCUGGGACAUUAGAAUCAAACAUGAAGGAUUUUUUACAUUCAUUGCAAGGAAAUACUCAAAAAGCUAAUGGAAAUGGGGUGGUUAGAUCAGAUCAGACUGUAAACCUCGGUGGUGAAAUAAACAUCACAGAUGAGGGGAAUUAUAUCAUGUCUGGGGGAUUACAAGGUCAAAACUUGUUCGGGGACGAUGCCUAUAAAGAUUCCAACACAAAUCCUUCAACAUCAAGAGAUUUUUCUAGUGUACCAGCUAAGGAUGUGCAGAAAAUCCAGGCGGACUGUCUAGCCGCUGGUGCGAUGCAACUUCUUCUGAAGCUGAAGAGGCACCUGAAGAUUGUCUACAACCUUGACGACGAGCGCUGUCAGGCAUUUUCUCCUACGGAAGCAGCAAAACCAGGAGAAACUCUAUCUCGACAGAAUAUUCCUUUAAAUUUAAGUGACAUAAAUAUGGACUGCCCUCAAUGCUAUGAAGACCUUUCAAGGAGAUACCAGGAAUUCAAGAAUGCCUUGAGGGAAGACACAGUCGACUACUCAAUCUACUCGGCAAGCAUCAAAAGGAAACGACCACCUGCUAAGAGAGCCGGGAAACCUAGACGGGGUGUAGUAGUAGCAAUGGAUAAUGAAUAUGAUGAGGAUGAUGAAGAUUGGGGUAGUGCGAACAGGUUAAGUAAAAGUGUUCCGAGAGGCAGCUACAUGAGAACCAGGCAACGACAGUAGAGGUGUAUAUAUAGCCAUGUAAGUAGAAAAGCUAACCUGUAUAGUCAGUCAGCCUAUAGGAAAGGAUAACUGCUAGUGGAAUUAUUAGGAACUUGGCGAGGGAGUGGUAAAAAUUAAGAAAAGAUUGGCUAAAACAUAGUUGUUACUGAAAAUCGAUUUGAUGUAAUUGUUUGUGCUGGUUAUCUAGGACUCAAAAUUACUGCUAGGAUGUGUGCGAUGAUAUGGGUAAAUUUUGGUUAAAGGUGGGACGGGGGCAUUCCCUAACUAUGACCGUGUGUUGGAUGUUUGUUGAUUUGUGGAAAUGAAAUAUUUUUCAUUGUUUUGAUUA